GACCCUUUCCCUUUAAGGUAGACUUCCGGCCGUUGCCCAGCGUGCUUUGCGUGGCCCGUGAGAGGAAGCAUGUCAAGCUGGGAGCGGGAUCGGGAGCCCCAGCGGGCCGGUACAGGGGAUGGACGGAUCUACGUGGGGAACCUUCCCGCCGAUGUGCGGGAGAAGGAGCUAGACGAACUGUUUCAUCGUUACGGCCGGAUCCGGAGCAUUGUGCUGAAGAAUCGCGGCGGGAGCAGUAGUGCUCCAUUCGCUUUCAUCAGCUUCCAAGAUCCCCGAGAUGCAGAGGAUGCAGUCUUUGGACGGAAUGGAUGUGAAUUUGGCUCAUGUCGUCUACGGGUCGAGUUUACACGGCCUUUGCGAGGCUCUGGUGGUGGUGGUGGUGGCGGCGGAGGAGGAGGAGGUGGUGGUUAUGGGGCUCCCAGAGGAAGAAAUGGCCCCCCCUCUCGUCGGUCAGAAUUCAGAGUAAUUGUCACAGGUCUUCCCCCGUCAGGUAGCUGGCAGGAUCUGAAGGAUCACAUGAGAGAAGCUGGUGAUGUCUGCUAUGCUGAUGUACAUAAAGAUGGUAUGGGAAUUGUUGAAUUCAUCCGCAAGGAGGAUAUGGAGUAUGCUUUGAGGAAACUGGAUGAUACUAAAUUCCGGUCGCAUGAGGGUGAAACCUCCUACAUUCGUGUUUGCCCAGAACGAAAUGCCAGCUACUCAAGAUCAAGAUCCCGUUCUAGAGGGCGUGACUCUCCAUAUCAAAACCGCCGCUCACCCUCCCCUUUCCGACCGUACUGAUCUGUAACCACAGGGACACUUUCUAUGGAUAUAAUUCUAAAGCCCAUCUGCUUUGAAGUUACAUUCCGCACCUGAUGGAUUUCAUCACCUUUUGUCUUUUUUAAUUUUAAUUUUUAAUUUUUUUUUAAGAAAUGUGCUUCUGGCAUCUGUUUUAAAAACAGGUUUACCCCACCAGUUUCUAGUUUUUCAAUGUGGGCAUACAAGCCAAGAAUAUGCCUAAAAGGAUGGAUGGCUUAAUUUUGAUCUGUGCAUUAGUGUGUGGAUAAUGAAUAUACUGUGACUAAGGGUGAAGCAAAAUAGUGGCACCAGGACAAGCAUAAGGGAAUAUGAUUGUCCAACUUUACCCACUCUAUUAGAAAAGAUGUGUGAAAUUAACUUUUUAAUCCUGCUCAAAUUUGUAUGGUUUUUUUUUUUUCCUUUUUAUUAUAAAGGUGUUUCAGUUAAAUAAAGCAUCUGUAGCUGUCCUAUUAAAGUCUUGAUGCUGUGUUAA